UUCUGACGAUGAUUGGGUGGAGGUUAAAGUUGUUUCCUCUCCCACACUUGAGAAUGGAACAGGAUCUUUGUCAAAUGAGACAAUUUCCAACACAGAGAGGCACAUUCAGGAUUAUUAUGAGGCUACAGUAGAAAUCAGUGACUCGGACCCUUGCACAUCUCUUAUCAUUCGUUUACUGUCACUUCAGAAUAAAGGUGUUGUGUACAUUGAUGAAGUGUACAUUUAUGCUGAGCUGGUUGAUUCAACUGAUUCAGAAAGUCUGGCUCCUCAAGUAAAUUGUGCAACUGGAAGUUCUUUAAUGGCCAUGUUUGUCCCAACAUUACUUCAGAUGUCUAAAUCUUGUGCAAGUCCAACUCAAGGUGAACAGCCUUCUGACAAAUUGGGAAAGGCCAGUAAAGUGAAAAACUUACCAAAAUCAAUUGAUCUAAAUGAAAAUCCGGCUUACUUUUACCAAGGUCAAAAGUUCUGUGCUGAUCAGCAGUACAUAAAAUUGCAAGAUGUGGGUGGGUCUAAUGCAGAAUCAGUUAAAUCUGUGCUUCCUAAUCAGACUGUAAAAGAAGAUGAAUCUUUUGAUCCUGUUGUGAAAAAUGAGUCUCCGUGCAGUCGUAUUGAGAAAGUUCUGGAGCAACUUGUGUCUCGAGUGAGCAGAAUCGAAGAAGUUUGUUUGAGGUUUGAAGAAAACAUGCUUAAGCCAUAA